AGCGGAAAUCCCAACUGACGGCAGAUCUGGCAAAGGCAAUCGGAAGAAGUAGUGUUUAAAGUGCCACAAGAUGGGAGACUCGAUCCAGUUAAAAGAUGACGGAAACAAACAUUUCCAAGCAGGAGAUAUUGAUAAGGCUAUUGAGUGCUACACUAAAGCCAUCGAGGUGUGUCAGGACAAGAAGGUGCUGGCUGUUAUUCACAGAAACCGAUCAGCUUGCUAUCUAAAAAAGGAAAAUUAUUCCAGUGCAGCCUCUGAUGCAUCGAAAGCUAUCGAUGUCGACGCAGCCGAUAUCAAAGCCUUAUACAGGCGUUGCCAAGCUCUGGAGAAGCUUGGGAAACUGGACAUGGCCUUCAAGGACGUACAGAGAUGUGCAACCAUUGAACCAAAGAAUAAAACCUUCCUGGAGACUCUCCGUAGGCUGGGGGCUGAAAUCCAGGCCAAGCUCAAGACAACAUUCUCCACAGAUUCAAGGGUACAGAACAUGUUUGAUAUUCUCCUUGAUGAAGAAAUGGAAAAGGAUAAGAAGGAAAAGGCAGCCAACAACCUGAUUGUACUGUCCAGAGAGGAUGCGGGAGCAGAGAGAAUCUUCCAGAACAAUGGCGUGCCUCUGCUUCUCAACAUGAUCGAGACGGGCAAACCAGAGAUGAUCAUGGCUGCUAUCCGUACUCUUUCGGGAAUGUGCACAGGACACAAAGCUCGGACAAUGGCCAUUAUUCACAUGGUGGGCACUGAUAAAUUGUGCAGCAUCAUGGCGCUCGACAAUGAGGAGAUCACACUGGCAGCAUGCAACCUCUUCCAGUGCAUCAACGACUCCCUCACAGGCGGGGAUAAAAGAGAAUACGGAAAAGAAGAGGCCUUGGUUUUGGAUGCCUCUAAAGACCUGAAGACCAUCCUCUUGUCUCUGCUGGAGAUGGUUGGCAGUAAAAAGGUAUCUGGGCAUGGCAGAGACCAGGCACUGAACCUCCUGAGCAAGAACGUCCCUCGCAAAGGAAAGAAAGACCCUGACAACUCCCGGACCCUCUUCACAGUAGACCACGGUCUGAAGAAGAUCCUCAAGGUGUGUGGUCAGGUUCCUGAGCUUCCUGAUCAGUUGCCCAUGACUGAUAACACACAGCUGAUUGCCAGUGUGCUCCUCAACCGCCUUUAUGAUGACCUCACAUGCGACCCAGAGAGAAACAACUUCAGGGACGUUUGUGACGAAUACAUCAAAUCGAAAAUUGACCCUAACGACAUGGACAAAACAAUUCACGCCAUCAACGUGAUCUCAGGGCUGCUGCAGGGUCCAUUCGACGUAGGUAACGCCUUGGUGGGAAGGCAGGGCGUCAUGGAGAUGAUGGUGGCGCUGUGCGGCUCUGAACGGGAGGUGGACCAGAUGGUCGCCGUAGAAGCGCUCAUUCAUUCCUCCACGAAAAUGAGCCGCGCCAGCUUCAUCAUCACCAACGGCGUGUCGCUGCUGAAGGACAUCUACAAGAAGACCAAAAAUGAGAAGAUUAAAAUCCGUUCGCUGGUGGGUCUCUGCAAACUGGGCUCAGCGGGAGGAGAUGAUUACAGCAUGAGACAGUUCGCUGAGGGCUCCACUGAGAAGUUAGCCAAGCAGUGCAGAAAAUGGCUUUGCAAUCCCCAGAUCGACGCUAAAACCAGGAAGUGGGCUAUUGAGGGUCUGGCAUACUUGACUAAUGACGCUGAUGUCAAAGAUGACUUUGUUGAGGAUGAGCAGGCACUUACAGCCAUGUUUGACCUGGCCAAGUCUAAAGAUAAGACCAUCAUAUAUGCCGUGGCUUGCACUUUGGUCAACUGCACCAACACCUAUGAGAAGAAAGACAUCAUACCUGAACUGGUACAGCUGGCAAAGUUCUCAAAGCAGCACGUGCCUGAGCAGCAUCCCAAGGACAAGAAGGACUUCAUCGAGAGGCGAGUCAAAAGACUGCUGAAAGCUGGAGUCACAUCUGCUCUUGCUGUCAUGGUCAAAGCAGACAACUCCAUCUUGACGGACCAGACCAAGGAGAUGCUUGCAAGGGUCUUCUUGGCUUUGUCAGAGGAUCCCAAAGAUCGUGGUACUCUUGUUGCCCAAGGUGGGGGAAAGGCUUUGAUACCUCUGGCGCUAGAAGGAACUGAGGCAGGAAAAGUGAAGGCCUGUCACGCUCUUGCCAGAAUUGCAGCCAUUUCAAAUCCAGAGAUCGCCUUCCCUGGCGAAAGGGUGUAUGAGGUAGUGAGGCCUUUAGUCAGCCUCCUUCACACAGAAAGGGAUGGAAUGCAGAACUUUGAGGCUUUGCGAGGCCUCACCAACUUUGCGGGUUUCAGUGAAAAACUAAGGGUAAAAAUUGUAAAAGAGAACGCUCUGCCCGAUAUCGAGAACUACAUGUUUGAGGAACACGAGCAGAUCAGACAGGCUGCCACUGAAUGCAUGUGCAACCUUGUGACAUGCAAAGAGGUCCAAGAGCGCUACCUGGACGAAAGUAACGAUAAGCUGAAGCUGCUGCUCCUACUUUGUGGAGAGGAUGAUGAUAAACUUCAGAUUGCCGCAGCGGGAGCCCUGGCCAUGCUUACCGCUGUCCAGAAGAAGCUCUGCGGCAAGCUCACCCUUGUGAGUGCCCAGUGGCUUGAGAUCCUUCAGAGGUUGUGUCUACACACCAACCCGAUGAUCCAGCACCGCGGUCUCGUGAUUGUGUGCAACAUGCUCAACUCGGAGGACGGCGAGCUGACCAAGAAACUGAUCGAGAGCGAGCUGCUGGAAAUCAUGACAGUGAUCGGAAAGGCUGAGGACAACCCCAAGAGGCAGGAACCCAUUGAUGUGGCGCGUACGUGCCUGGUCAAAGCAAUGGAACUGGGUCUCAUCAAACCCUUCUCCAGCCCUUCCUAAGCACAACAACCACGGACAUGUUUUUGUGCGCUUUAUUACUCGUUUCCUACAGACUUUUUUUCAACAUUGAAGACAUUACUAGUUAUCAUUAGUUAUUUUGACUGGAGCCUCAAAUAUUGGCCGAUACCGAUAUAAAUCCGAUACGGUAUCAACACGAAUCAUCGUGCAUACUUUUAAUAUUAUGUAUCGUGAAUUGUUAGAAAAGGUUUGAUCAAGUGAAAUUACUCACAAAAAAACAAUGGUAAGGAAUAAUGAUGAGUAAAUGACGCCUCAGAAUUAGUAAUGUUACUCAUAAUUUUAAUCGUAUUGAAUAAUUAUAUCUAACCUACUUACAGUUUACAACCUUGUCAAAUUAUAUAAAACCGUGUGUUAAUCACAAAGAUUAUUAUUUAUUUGACACAUACUGUAAACCUUCGGCUAAGGUCAGGCUGAUUAGAAAAUAAGUACUAACCAAGUGUACCGCAUAAGAAGUGAUAUCAAUCAAUCAAUCAAUGUUUAUUUAUAUAGCCCUAAAUCACAAGUGUCUCAAAGGGCUGCACAAGCCACAACGACAUCCUCGGUACAGAGCCCACAUAAGGGCAAGGAAAAACUCACCCCAGUGGGACGUCGAUGUGAAACCUUGGAGAGGACCGCAUAUGUGGGUAACCCCCCCCUCUAGGGAGACCGAAUGCAAUGGAUGUCGAGUGGGUCUAACAUAAUAUUGUGAGAGUACAGUCCAUAGUGGAUCCAGCAUAACAGUAAGAGUCCAGUCCACAGUGGGGUCAGCAGGAAACCAUCCCGAGCGGAGACGGGUCAGCAGCGCAGAGAUGUUCCCAACCGAUACACAGGCGAGCUGUCCACCCCGGGUCCCGACCCCGGACAGCCAGCACCCCAUCCAUGGCCACCGGACCUGUGUGUCUCCCCCUCCACAAGGGAUAGGGGGGAGCAGAGGAGAAAAGAAAAGAAACGGCAGAUCAACUGGUCUAAAAAAAAGAUGGCAAAAUAAAUCUGAUGAAAAAUAAAUGUAGUUAAAUUAUCUUGUGCUAAAAUAAAUUAACCAACUUAAUAAUCAAUAUGUUUUGUAACUCCACUGUCAAUAACAUUUAAAUGCAAAUAAAAAUACAGCUUCAUCACUUUAGUCAUAAUUUUUGCGCUUAGGAAACUUUUCUAUGGCUUUAGACUUGCUCUGUUUGUUUGAGAUUGUCAUUAGCAGUGUUCGUAAUAUUAACGCCGUUACUUUUACUAGUAACAAGU